AAACCUUACUGUCUUUACUUUUCUUAUUUUUGUCUCUCGGCUCUCGGCUCUUGUUCCUGCGGUGCUGUCUUUGGUUCUCAAAACAAACAGUUUCUGGAGAUUUGUAAUCUGUUGAAUUUAACCAAUUUCUGAGAAUGGGAUCUCGUUUCUGGACAUCCCAGGGUGGCAGUGAUUCUGAAGAGGAAGAAAGUGAUUAUGAUGAAGAGGUUGAGAAUGGGGGACCUGCUGAUGCUAGCACUGAAGCUGCUAAUACAAGAUACCUUAAAGGGAAUGCUGCCAGUGAUAGUGAUGAAUCUGAUGACCAAAAGCGGGUUGUCAGGUCUGCAAAAGAUAAGCGCUUUGAGGAAAUGUCAGCUACGGUUGACCAGAUGAAGAAUGCGAUGAAAAUAAACGACUGGGUUAGCUUACAGGAAAGUUUUGAUAAGAUAAAUAAGCAGCUGGAGAAAGUCAUGCGUGUCAUAGAGUCUGACAAGGUCCCUAACCUUUACAUAAAAGCACUUGUGAUGCUGGAGGACUUCCUGAGUCAGGCUUUGGCAAACAAGGAUGCAAAGAAGAAGAUGAGCAGCAGCAAUGCCAAGGCCUUGAACUCAAUGAAACAGAAACUUAAGAAAAACAACAAACAGUAUGAGGAUAUGAUUACUAAGUGUAGGGAAAAUCCUGCAAGUGAGGAGGAAAGGGAUGAGGAUGACGAGGAGGACGAGGAUGAAGAAACUGAUUCAGAGAUUGAAGAGGAUCCGACAAAGAUUGAAUUCAAAGAUUCUGAGGAUGAUGAUGAUGAUGAUGACAAGCUUGGGGAUAGCCAAGAUGGUGAUGAUGGAGAGUGGGAGAAGAAGAUGAGCAAGAAAGAUAAGCUCAUGGAUAAACAAUUUAGGAAUCCUAGUGAGAUCACAUGGGAUACAGUUAACAAGAAAUUCAAGGAGGUUGUGGCUGCUCGGGGUAGGAAAGGAACUGGAAGAUUUGAGCAGGUUGAGCAGCUUACUUUUUUGACCAAGGUUGCCAAGACCCCUGCUCAAAAACUGGAAAUUCUAUUCAGUGUUGUCUCAGCGCAAUUUGAUGUCAAUCCAGGACUUAAUGGCCAUAUGCCUAUAAAUGUAUGGAAGAAAUGUGUGCAGAACAUGCUUGUGAUAUUGGACAUUCUUGUUCAGUAUCCCAACAUAGUGGUGGAUGAUAUGGUGGAACCGGAUGAGAAUGAAACCCAGAAGGGACUAGAAUAUAAUGGCACUAUCCGGGUUUGGGGGAACCUGGUUGCCUUCGUUGAAAAGAUAGAUGCUGAGUUUUUCAAGAGCUUACAAUGCAUUGAUCCCCACACUCGUGAGUAUGUUGAGAGACUCAGGGAUGAGCCUAUGUUUUCGGUUCUUGCUCAAAAUGUGCAGGAUUAUUUAGAACGGGUUGGGGACCUCAAAGCUGCUGCAAAGGUUGCGUUAAAGCGGGUUGAACUCAUCUAUUAUAAGCCACAAGAGGUUUAUGAUGCCAUGAGAAAACUGGCUGAGCAGACGGGAGAUGGAGAUAAUGGAGAAGUAGGUGAGGAGCCUAAAGUGGUUGAAGAAAGUAGGGGGCCAUCUGCAUUUAUUGUUACUCCAGAGCUUGUGCCUCGGAAACCCACCUUUCCAGAGAAUAGCAGGACAAUGAUGGAUUGUUUGGUGGCCCUCAUCUACAAGUUUGGGGAUGAGCGGACUAAAGCAAGAAGUAUGCUAUGUGAUAUUUACCACCAUGCUCUUCUAGACGAGUUUUCAAUUUCACGUGACUUGCUGCUAAUGAGUCAUUUACAGGACAGUAUUCAGCAUAUGGACAUAUCUACACAGAUCCUUUUCAAUAGAGCCAUGGCACAACUUGGUCUAUGUGCUUUUCGGGUUGGAUUAAUUACCGAGGGCCAUGGCUGCCUUUCUGAACUAUAUUCUGGAGGAAGGGUAAAGGAGUUGCUUGCACAAGGUGUUUCACAAAGCCGAUAUCAUGAGAAGACUCCAGAACAGGAAAGGAUUGAAAGGAGACGUCAAAUGCCAUACCAUAUGCACAUAAAUCUUGAGCUCCUGGAGGCUGUCCAUCUGAUAUGUGCUAUGCUGCUGGAAGUACCGAACAUGGCAGCUAACAUUCAUGAUGCAAAACGCAAGGUCAUAAGUAAGACUUUUCGGCGGUUGCUUGAGGUGAGUGAGAGGCAAACAUUUACAGGUCCCCCAGAAAAUGUCAGAGACCACGUAAUGGCUGCCAGCAGGGCUCUUAGCAAGGGAGAUUUUGAGAAGGCAUUUGAUGUUAUCAAGUCCCUUGAUGCGUGGAAGCUCCUAAGGAAUCGAGAGAAUGUCCAUGAGAUGCUCAAGGCUAAGAUCAAGGAAGAGGCUCUGAGGACCUACCUUUUUACCUACUCCUCAUCCUAUGAUUCCCUGAGCUUGGAUCAGCUCACCAAACUUUUUGACCUCUCAGAUGCCCAGAUUCACAGUAUUGUCAGCAAGAUGAUGAUCAAUGAGGAGCUCCAUGCAAGUUGGGAUCAGCCAACUCAGUGCAUUGUUUUCCAUGAUGUUGAGCACACUAGGUUGCAGGCUCUGGCAUUCCAGCUAACAGAGAAGCUCUCGGUCCUUGCAGAAAGUAAUGAGAGGGCAAUAGAAUCAAGGCUAGGUGGUGGUAGUUUGGAUCUGCCUCUAAGGCGGAGAGAAAACCAGGAUUAUGCUGCUGGAACAGCUGCUUCUGGAGGUAGGUGGCAAGACAAUAACAUGUCUUUCACUCAGGGAAGGCAAGGUGGUGGCACUGGGCGUACAGGAUAUGGUGGUGGAGGGAGACCUUGGCCUCUAAGCCAAGCUGCUGGAGGUUAUUCAAGGGACCGCACAGGUCAGUCACGAGGCAACAGUGGUGGCUAUCAGGGUACACGGUAUCAAGAUGCUGCAUAUGGAGGGUCAGGGAGGACUGCUUAUCAGAGUGGUUCAGCUGUGAGGGGAUCCCAAAUGGAUUCUUCAACUCGCUUGGUCAGUCUGCACAGAGCGGUUCGUUCAUAGGGUAGUAAGAUUACUGGAAGAGAAGACAAUUCUGAUUAAAAGUUCUUGCAUUUUAGAUAGAAAGCUUAUUCCGUCGGUUCUGAAAUUUGUUUUAUUUUCUUAAUUUAUUUGAAUGUUUCAUCAAAUUUUGGGACAAAGGCUUUGUUAUUGUUGUAUUAUUUGAAUUUUUCUUCAGAGGUGGUCUAUCUUCUAAAUGUCCAAACUGAAGUUGGAACUUUGUAAGGUGGAUUUUUGUAUGCUGUCUAUGACAGCACUGCAACAUGUUUUGUUUCUUCAGUUGCUUGUAAUAUUAGUUUACUUCUAUGAGAUGGACUGGUUUUGUCUGGCAGAUUUCUUA